CUGGAGAAUCCCAUGGACAGAGGAGCCUGGCGGGGUACAUACAGUCCAUGGGGUCGCAAGAGUCGAACAUGGUUUAAUGACUAAACCACCGCCACCAGCUCGGACUAUCCCCAGCAGAGAACGCAGCACUCCUCCGCUGGAGCGCCAGCUAGGCCCAUAGCCCCGCCCGUCCACCACCCGACUCCGCCCCUACCACGAUCCGGCCCCGCCUACCGCAGACCUCACCGCACCUCCCAAGGGCCGGCUCCGCGAAGUUCCUGCGCCAGCAAACGUGGGCCUCUGAGAACCCGGAAGUUACGUUAUAGGCGUGCGUCCCAGGGGCGGGAGUCAGCUGAGCUGCUCGGGGGAGGUUGGGAUCACCUGAGAUCGGCUAGGAGGAACCGGUGCUCUCUUGGGGGCGUGAGUUGGGUGCAGGACUGCGCCAAAUUCAAGGAGGCGGGCUCUCCGAUCUUCUCACUCUAUAAGGCGAGAGUGAAAAGAUUCUCAGGAUUUUAAAGAGGAGGAGUUGGCGGUGGCCGAUUGCCAGGAUCUGUCAGAUUCCUGUCGAGGCUGGGGAGUCGCAGCUUCCAAUCCGGGGAGACGGGGAUCCCUGGGGGGAGCCCUGUUGUAAUCCCUGGGACGGAGGACCCAGAGGCCGGGCACCAUGGCGUCUAUCCUGGAUGAAUACGAGGACUCCCUGUCCCGCUCGACCGUCUUGCAGCCCGGCUGCCCCAGCGUGGGCAUCCCCCACUCGGGAUAUGUGAAUGCCCAGCUAGAGAAGGAAGAACCCAUCUUCACAAAGCAGCGCAUUGACUUUACCCCUUCCGAGCGCAUCACCAGUCUUGUCGUCUCCUGCAAUCAGCUCUGCAUGAGCCUCGGCAAGGAUACACUACUCCGCAUUGACUUGGGCAAAGCAAAUGAACCCAACCACAUGGAGCUGGGGCGCAAGGAUGAUGCCAAAGUUCACAAGAUGUUCCUGGACCCCACUGGCUCUCAUCUGCUGAUCGCUCUGAGCAGCACUGAGGUCCUCUAUGUGAAUCGUAAUGGACAGAAGGUUCGGCCCCUGGCACGCUGGAAGGGGCAGCUGGUGGAGAGUGUGGGCUGGAAUAAGGCCCUGGGCACCGAGAGCAGCACCGGCCCCAUCCUGGUCGGCACCGCCCAAGGGCAGAUCUUCGAAGCAGAGCUUUCGGCCAGCGAGGGUGGGCUCUUUGGCCCUGCCCCAGAUCUCUACUUCCGUCCAUUGUACGUGCUAAAUGAAGAAGGGGGCCCAGCACCUGUGUGCUCCCUUGAGGCUGAGCGGGGCCCUGAAGGGCGCGGUUUUGUCAUCGCCACCACUAGGCAGCGCCUCUUCCAGUUCAUAGGCCGAGUGGCGGAGGGAGCUGAGGCCCAGGGUUUCUCGGGGCUCUUUGCUGCCUACGCUGACCACCCACCCCCAUUCCGUGAGUUCCCCAGCAGUCUGGGCUACAGCGAGCUGGCCUUUUACACCCCCAAGUUGCGCUCUGCGCCCCGGGCCUUCGCCUGGAUGAUGGGAGAUGGCGUGUUGUAUGGAUCGUUGGACUGCGGGCGUCCGGACUCCCUGCUGAGUGAGGAGCGGGUCUGGGAGUACCCAGAGGGGGUGGGCCCCGGGGCCAGCCCGCCCCUGGCCAUCGUCCUGACCCAGUUCCACUUCCUGCUGCUGCUGGCAGACCGGGUGGAGGCAGUGUGCACGCUGACGGGGCAGGUGGUGCUGCGGGACCGCUUCCUGGAGAAGUUCGGGCCGCUGAAGCACAUGGCGAAGGACCCCUCCACGGGCCACCUGUGGGCCCACUCCGAGCGGGCUGUCUUCCGCUACCACGUACAGCGGGAGGCACGGGAUGUCUGGCGCACCUACCUAGACAUGAACCGCUUCGACCUGGCCAAGGAGUAUUGUCGAGAGCGGCCUGACUGCCUGGACACAGUCCUGGCCCGGGAGGCCGACUUCUGCUUCCGCCAGCGUCGCUACCUGGAGAGCGCCCGCUGCUAUGCCCUGACUCAGAGCUACUUUGAAGAGAUUGCCCUUAAGUUCUUGGAGGCCCGACAGGAGGAGGCGCUGGCCGAGUUCCUGCAGCGAAAACUGGCUAAUUUGAAGCCUGCCGAACGAACCCAGGCAACCCUGCUGACCGCCUGGCUGACGGAGCUCUACUUGAGCCGGCUCGGGGCUCUGCAGGGUGACCCCGAUGCCCUGAACCUCUACCGGGAAACCCGUGAGCGCUUCCGCUCCUUCCUCAGCAGCCCUCGCCACAAGGAGUGGCUUUUCGCCAGCCGGGCCUCCAUCCAUGAGCUCUUGGCCAGCCACGGGGACACGGAACACAUGGUGUACUUCGCUGUGAUCAUGCAGGACUACGAGCGCGUGGUGGCUUACCACUGCCAGCAUGAGGCCUACGAGGAGGCCUUGGCCGUGCUGGCCCGCCACCGUGACCCCCAGCUCUUCUACAAGUUCUCGCCCAUCCUCAUCCGUCACAUCCCUCGCCAGCUGGUGGAUGCCUGGAUUGAGAUGGGCAGCCGGCUGGAUGCCCGGCAGCUCAUCCCUGCCCUGGUGAACUAUAGCCAAGGUGGCGAGGCCCAGCAGGUGAGCCAAGCCAUCCGCUACAUGGAGUUCUGCGUGAACGUGCUAGGCGAGACCGAGCAGGCCAUUCACAAUUACCUGCUGUCGCUCUAUGCCCGGGGCCAGCCGGCCUCACUGCUGGCCUACCUGGAGCAGGCCGGGGCCAGCCCGCACCGUGUGCACUAUGAUCUCAAGUAUGCGCUGCGGCUCUGUGCUGAGCAUGGCCACCACCGUGCUUGUGUCCACGUCUACAAGGUCCUGGAGCUGUAUGAGGAGGCUGUGGACUUGGCCCUGCAGGUUGACGUGGACCUGGCCAAGCAGUGUGCUGACCUGCCUGAGGAAGACGAGGAGCUGCGCAAGAAGCUGUGGCUGAAGAUUGCACGGCACGUGGUGCAGGAGGAGGAAGAUGUGCAGACGGCCAUGGCCUGCCUGGCCAGCUGCCCCCUGCUCAAGAUUGAAGACGUGCUGCCUUUCUUUCCUGACUUUGUCACCAUUGACCACUUCAAGGAGGCCAUCUGCAGCUCACUGAAGGCCUACAACCACCACAUCCAAGAGCUACAGCGAGAGAUGGAAGAGGCCACAGCCAGUGCCCAGCGCAUCCGGAGAGACCUGCAGGAGCUGCGGGGCCGCUAUGGUACCGUGGAGCCCCAGGACAAAUGUGCUACCUGCGACUUCCCCCUGCUCAACCGCCCCUUUUACCUCUUCCUCUGUGGCCACAUGUUCCAUGCUGACUGCCUGCUGCAGGCCGUGCGGCCCGGCCUGCCGGCCUACAAGCAGGCCCGGCUCGAGGAGCUGCAACGAAAGCUGGGGGCUGCUCCACCCCCUGCCAAGGGCUCUGCCCGGGCUAAGGAGGCUGAGGGGGGCGCUGCUGCUGGGGGGCCCAGCCGGGAACAGCUCAAGGCUGACCUGGAUGAACUUGUGGCCGCUGAGUGCGUAUACUGUGGGGAGCUGAUGAUCCGCUCUAUUGACCGGCCCUUCAUCGACCCCCAGCGCUAUGAGGAGGAGCACCUCAGUUGGUUGUAGGAAGAUGUCAACCCCGAAAGGCAGGCAGAGGCAGUUGGGGGGCUGUCCCUUGGGAAAGCCACAGCAUCAUCUGUGCUCAGUCUCCUGGAGGCUGCUGGGCUGGGCCGGUGGUGGGGGGAGUGCAGCUAUCCCUGUGGCCCUCAGGUAUCAGCUGAUGCUUUCUGCCGGCUGCCUGUGCUGGUCUUCAGAGCUGCCUUAGAGCUGCUGUUUUGCCCAGGCCAUAAGCCUGCUUCCCAGUAGAGGGCCAUAGCCUGGAGAAGUCAGAAUUCUGACCCCAUCACUAUACCGCUGCGUCUAACAGCUCCUUUCCUUUUCGCUCUCCACACACCUGUUCUCCUUCUGGAGCAUUACCUCCUAUCCUAGCCUUCCUUUUUGCUGUGGCUCGUCUCUCUCAGAAGCGCUCUCUUCUGUCUGCCUCUCGGUCCCACAGGUGAAAAGACAAGCCCCCCAAGCCCUGGGCGUGGGUUGGGGUGAGAGGUGGGGCUGAUGGUGGGCCUGCUCUUGUGCACACACUGUCUGGGGCUCCAGUGUGAGGGGUGCCCUGGGGCAGAGAGCCUCCUGGAGGACAGUGGGAGAUGGUGAUGAGGUGGAGAGCAUUAAACUGUCUACAUUGCCCUGAUA